AUGCGCUUCCCGACUCACGAUAUCGCCGAGACGCAUGAGAUCGAGAAGACCGGAACAAACGACAAGAUCGAGCUCACCGAGGAUGAUUGCUACGAGGAGCUUGGCUAUUGUUUCCCGGCGUGGAAGAAGUGGUGGAUCCUCACGGUGAUCUUCAUUGUGCAGGUCUCCAUGAAUUUCAACACCAGUCUGUACUCCAAUGCCAUCGGUGGGAUCUCAGAGCGGUUCAAUGUCAGUGCGCAAGCAGCUCGCGUCGGAGCUGCGAUCUUCUUGAUCACGUACGCUUUCGGCUGUGAGCUGUGGGCACCGUGGAGUGAAGAAUUGGGCCGCAAACCCAUCCUCCAAGCUAGUUUGUUCUUGGUCAAUAUCUGGCAGCUUCCUGUCGCGCUUGCCCAAAACUUCGGCACGAUCCUCGUUGGCCGUGCGCUGGGAGGUCUUUCUUCCGCUGGAGGCUCGGUCACGUUGGGAAUGAUUGCCGAUGUUUUCGAGCCCGACAAGCAGCAGUAUGCGGUGGCCUUCAUUGUAUUCUCUUCGGUGGGAGGUUCGGUUCUCGGCCCCGUGGUCGGUGGUUUUGUUGAGGCUUAUUGCAAUUGGCGAUGGUGUAUCUGGAUUCAGCUCAUAUUCGGGGGCUUUGUACAAGCCCUUCAUUUCUUCACCGUCCCGGAGACGAGGACUACAGUCUUGAUGGAUCGGAUUGCUAAGCGGCGUCGCGAGAGUGGCCAUAGCCCUAAUGUCUAUGGGCCAAAUGAGCUUGUGCCAUUCAGAGAGAGAUUUUCCGCCAAGGAGGUUUUGCUCACAUGGAUUCGACCAUUCAAAAUGUACCUUACAGAGCCGAUCGUCCUUACGCUGUCUCUUCUUAGUGGUUUCAGCGACGCCCUGAUCUUCAUGUUCAUCCAGUCGUUCAGUCUCGUGUAUAAGCAAUGGGGCUUCGGUACCGUUGAACUGGGUCUGUCCUUCAUUCCUAUUCUCGUCGGCUACUUCAUCGCCUGGUUCUCCUUCUUCCCGGCCAUCAAACGCAACAUCCAAGAGCGGAAGAGCAAGCCUGACGAUGAAAAGGCCCAAUACGAAUCCCGCCUCUGGUGGCUUCUGUUUACUGCCCCAUGCUUGCCAAUUGGUCUCAUCAUUUUCGCUUGGACCUCGACAGGACCGCCAAUCCACUGGAUCGGCUCUUCAAUUGCAGCAGCCAUUGUCGGAAUCGCGAACUAUAGCAUCUAUAUGGCCACGAUUGACUAUAUGAUAUGUGCUUAUGGUCCCUAUUCGGCUUCCGCAACUGGUGGUAAUGGAUGGUCGCGUGAUUUCCUCGCUGGUGUCCUUACUAUACCUGCGACCCCGUUCUUUGAGAAUAUUGGCAGCAAGGACCAAAUUGCGAAUGCCUCUACCAUUUUGUUCUGUAUCUCUUUCGUCCUCGUUAUCGCUGUAUACGUGAUUUACUUCUACGGACCCCAGCUACGGAAGCGCUCACCCUUUGCCCAACAACUAUCCGAUGCUCGCCAUGAAUCAGCGGGUGGUCAUUUGGCGAGGGUGCCCACCUCGAGGGCUAACUCGUUUGCCAGAUCGCAACAAAACCUUAGAAUUCGGCAAAAUCUGGGGAGUCGGCAGAACAGCUACGCUGGCUCACAUCGACCCGUAAAUUCGAGACAGAACAGCAUAGGUGGUGAGAAGAACAUGUCGGCCGCUAAUUCAAGGGCGAAUUCAAGGGUGAACUCGAGGGCGAAUUCGAGAAGGAACAGUUUGACUAUGCCUGUUUAA